AUGUCAGUGACCGACAAAGCGUCGUCAUUUCCUGCGGCUGUCAUCAUCCUUGCGCUUCGUGUCCUCAUUUUGUUCAAGAUCCGCAAGCAUGAUAUCAAACACUUGUGGUGGAUCCCCGCUGGAGCCUCGUUCAUGGCAACCAGCUGGGUUGCCAAGACAGUUGGCGCUUUCCGUCCACCGAAGGACAAACUCUACUGGGCGUUCGCAGCGACUCUAUUUGACGGAUUCGGACCGUAUUUCCUCGCCAUAGGGUGGUGGAGAGUUUACACAACCCUCGUCCUCAACAAGCUCCCGCGGACGAACGAUCCGUUGAAGGAUCUACCAAGCAGCAAACAGCGCCGACUGUGCAAGGCGAUCCUAUGGAUGUCGGUCCUGCUCCACUACUACGGAGUAACCAGGAUGUACAUGUACCGCAAUGGGCAGCCGAUUGACACGCUACGAGCGAACUACAUCCGCCAGCACGCUCCAUGGCUAUUCUUGGGCACGAUCAUCUUAACACUUACUAAAGUGAUUCGCUUCACGUAUCUCACAACCUUCCACCCGGCGCGGAGAUUCAAGAGCCAUGAAUUGAACGCCAGGAUCUACCUGUGGCUGACGUGUGUUGCAUAUGUGUCGUUGUUCCUUCAGACGGUUUACCGGGCUGCCAUGUGGUCGCCGACGUUGUACACAAGCUUACGGACUUGGUUGCGCGUCCAUGAGUGGAUGCAGAGCUGUUGGUGGCUGCAGUGGUUGUUCGAGGUUCUUCCCACGGUGGUUUUGCUUGCACCGUUUGUCUUUGGGGACCUGCUCCCUACUCUUGCGACCCCUAGAGGGAAUAAUGAGUAG